CGAGCCUAGGCAGAAAGCGCCACAUGUCACGAAGACUUCGAGAGUCACAUCAACAAUUCAGUUAGGCAUGUUCGAACUUCUGAUCUGCGACGCUUCAGCAGAUAUAAAGCACAGACCACAGCGUGCUCCGACUCAACCUGAUUCAGCAUAGCAGUGAAAAUUCGAGAUGCCUGCGACGUCGGCAUCGACUUCCAAGGGUGCUGCAUCGCAACUGCGGGCGCGAGGCUCCGGUACCGCGUCUAGGGCGAAUGAAGCCCGGGGUCCCCACAAUGGCGGCGCACACAGUCACACAGACGAACACACUUCUUUAUUGGAGUCUUCAAAAGGCCGCAAGAGGGGAAGCAAGAAUGACAGGGACGCUGAGUGGGAUGGCUUUGCGGAUGAUGAUUUCGCCAGGAAGUACCACGGUUUACCAGUACCAGAAUCCAUCCAUCGCUUAGACUCGGACUAUCCCAUAAUGUUAGUUCUCCUUGCAGUAGCCUUCGCAGCCCGUUUCUACAAGAUCUGGCACCCCAAUCAAGUUGUCUUCGACGAGGUUCAUUUCGGCAAGUUCGCCGCGUAUUACCUCAAACGCGAAUACUUCUUCGACGUACAUCCACCCCUUGCAAAGCUCAUCAACGCGCUCGCUGGCUAUCUUGCCAGGUUCGACGGGAAAUUCGAAUUCGACAAUAUUGGGGACAAGUACCUCGAUCACAACGUGCCUUAUGUCAAGAUGCGCAGCAUGCCCGCGCUCAUGGGUAGUUUGCAGGUGCCUUUGGCCUAUGCAAUCAUGCGUGAAACGGGUCAUUCGCCAAGUAUUGCUUGCCUCAGUGCAGCCAUGAUCUUGCUCGACAACGCUCACAUCGCACAGGACCGUCUAAUUCUGCUAGACGCCGCCCUCGUCCUCUUCAUGAUGUGCAGUCUCCUUUCGUAUAUCAAGUUCUUCAAGGAGCGAUACAACGAGUUCUCUGCUCGUUGGUGGUUCUGGAUGUUUGCCACGGGCACGAAUCUGGCGCUGACCAUGUCAUGCAAGAUGGUUGGGCUCUUCACAUUUCUGUCCAUUGGCAGCGCCGUCGCUCUUGACCUGUGGAACCUGCUCGACAUUCGGAGAGGGCAUUCUAUGACGCACAUCUCGAAACACUUUUUUGCGCGUGUUCUCGGCCUGAUCGUCUGGCCAGCAUGCGUCUACAUCUUCUGGUUCUGGGUGCAUUUUGCCAUUCUGACGAAGAGUGGCACGGGCGACGCUUUUAUGACGAGCGAAUUUCAGCAGACUCUGGAAGGCAAUCCCAUGCUAAGCAGUGCACGAGAUGUUCAUUAUGGAGACCGCAUCACCGCCAUGCAUAAGGGAACCAAUGUGUAUCUGCAUUCGCAUGUCGAGCGUUGGCCCCUCAAAUACGAUGACGGCCGCAUUUCAUCCCAGGGUCAGCAGGUCACGGGCUACCCGCACAAUGACACAAACAACAUCUGGGAAAUCUUCCCCGCGACCGAAUUACCCGAGGAUGUGAGCGGGGACGCGGCUGCUGUGCGCCAUGGCGACAUUAUCCGCUUGCUGCAUGUCAACACGCAGAGCUAUCUGCUCGCACAUGAUGUUGCCUCUCCCCUCAUGCCAACCAACGAGGAAUUUACAACGUGGCCUUGGAACGACACGAGCAGGUACAACGACACACUCUUUGAGCUACAGAUCGAAGGAGUCAACGACAAACAGAACAUCUGGAAAUCAAAGAGCAGCUUGUUCAGGCUGAUUCACGUCCCUACGCGCGUGAGCAUGUGGACUCACGCGGAGCCGCUGCCUGAAUGGGGCUUCCAGCAGCAAGAGAUCAACGGAAACAAAAAUGCACUGGACAAGACGGCCUUGUGGUACGUUGAUGACUUGCAUCCAGAUGAGAAGGCCAGCGAUCACGAGGAACGAUUGAAGCCCUUGCCACCUCGCAAGAGGACGCAUAUGAACUUCUUCCGGAAAUUCUUCGAAUUGCAGCUUACUAUGCUCCAUCAGAACAGUCAGCUCACAUCUUCGCAUCCAUACGCGAGCAACCCGAUCAAUUGGCCUUUUCUUAUCACAGGAAUAUCGUUCUGGACCGAAAAUGACACCCAGAAGCAGAUUUACAUGAUCGGCAAUGUCAUCAGCUGGUGGGCCGGAGUCCUGAGCAUCAGCAUCUACUGCGGCGUCAUGGCUGCGGACGCUCUCGCGCGCCGGCGCGGCAUUUACCCAAUCCCUUCUGCAGUGCGCAGCCGAAUGAUCAAUUCCGUCGGCUUCUUCGUCGCAACAUGGGCCUUCCACUACCUUCCAUUCUUCGUAAUGAACAGGCAACUCUUUGUGCACCACUACCUACCCGCUCACGUUAUCUCUUGCCUCGUCACUGGUGCUAUCUUCAACUUUGUGGGCACAGAGACGGUCAACUUCCCUAUUUCGCGACCUGGACCCUUACUCAAACCAGGCAGGGUACGGCCUGUCAUGCGCAACGUACUCGGAAAGCGAUCGCGCGCCGUCUGUGGUGCAUUUGUUGGCGCGCUCAUCAUCGUAUUUUGGUGGCUGAGCCCCCUAACAUACGGCACGCCGGGGCUAAGCAGCUACGAGGUUCAUCAGCGCAAACUCCUGACUAGCUGGACGCUACACUUUGCGAAAUGAUGCAAUGAUGAUCAUGUAAGAGUACAACAAGCGGUAUUGAGAAAGGUCGAACACAUGGU